AGACGUGGGCGGCUGCUCCCGGCGGGUACCAGCGCGGUCUGCAGACAAGGACAACGGGGAGAGAAAAUCCAGAGCCGGACGCCUGGGUCCCUAGGGGGCAGCCAUCUGGGGCCGCAUGCCUAGGUCCUCGAGGAUAAUGAGGGGGACGCAUGCCAGGGCCCCUGCAGAAAGCGAAUGUUGAUGGGGAUCGGGGAACCAGCGUCUGGGUUCUCGCAGGGAUGUGGGGGCCGGACCACUGGGUUCUCCGGUGCAGGCUGCGAUGCAGGGGCGGAGGAAGGAGCAGGUGGCCGGCCCCUAGAGGUCGGGUAUGGGCAGGGUGGAUGCUGAGAGGGGGAUUCCCGCCCCCCACCCAACUCGUGCCUAGCCACUGUAAAGCCUUUUGUCCAAUACCCCACAGGCAGUGGGGCUGCCCCAACCUGUCCUGAAGGCCUGGUACGCCGCUUCCAAACUUCUUCCUUCCCCGGGGGUUGCUAGGAGCAACCGCCUCAUCUUGGGGGAGCAGAGUGCGUAGGGACCCUCCCCGAGCUUGGGCCUUACCGCUGUUCCCCGGGGGUGAGGGGAGGCAGUAUCUGCUCUGGGCACGCUAUCCACUCCCCGGAUGUUUUCUGUGCAAUCGAGGCUCCUUCCUUCCACUGACACCCGAGUUCUCUUUUUUGAUCUCUAGCAAAAUCCACUUCCUGUUGUGACCCAACACCCCCAAGGUCUUCAAGAAGUCGAGCCCUAACUGCAAGCUCACUGUGUACUUGGGCAAGCGGGACUUUGUAGAUCACCUGGACAAAGUGGAUCCUGUAGAUGGUGUGGUGCUUGUGGACCCUGACUACUUGAAGGACCGCAAAGUGUUUGUGACCCUCACCUGCGCCUUCCGCUAUGGCCGCGAAGACCUGGAUGUGCUGGGCUUGUCCUUCCGCAAAGACCUGUUCAUCGCCACCUACCAGGCCUUCCCCCCAAUGCCCAAUCCACCCCGGCCCCCCACCCGCCUGCAGGAUCGGCUGCUGAGGAAGCUGGGCCAACAUGCCCACCCCUUUUUUUUCACAAUACCCCAGAAUCUGCCCUGCUCCGUCACCCUGCAGCCAGGCCCAGAGGACACUGGGAAGGCCUGCGGGGUAGACUUUGAGAUUCGAGCCUUCUGUGCCAAAUCACUAGAAGAAAAAAGCCACAAAAGGAACUCUGUUCGGCUGGUAAUUCGAAAGGUUCAGUUUGCCCCAGAGAAACCCGGCCCCCAGCCUUCAGCUGAAACCACACGCCACUUCCUCAUGUCUGACCGGUCCCUGCACCUUGAGGCUUCCCUGGACAAGGAGUUGUAUUACCACGGGGAGCCCCUCAAUGUCAAUGUCCAUGUCACCAACAACUCCACCAAGACCGUCAAGAAGAUCAAAGUCUCUGUGAGACAGUAUGCCGACAUCUGCCUCUUCAGCACUGCUCAGUACAAGUGUCCCGUGGCUCAGAUUGAACAAGAUGACCAGGUAUCUCCCAGUUCCACGUUUUGCAAGGUAUACACCGUAACCCCACUGCUCAGCGACAACCGGGAGAAGCGUGGUCUUGCCCUGGAUGGAAAGCUCAAGCAUGAGGACACCAACCUGGCUUCUAGCACCAUUGUGAAAGAGGGUGCCAACAAGGAGGUGCUGGGGAUCCUAGUGUCAUACAGGGUCAAGGUGAAGCUGGUGGUGUCUCGUGGUGGGGAUGUAUCCGUGGAGCUGCCUUUUGUUCUUAUGCACCCCAAGCCCCAUGACCACAUCACCCUCCCUAGACCCCAGUCAGCUGCUCCUGAAACAGAUGUGCCCGUGGACACCAACCUCAUUGAAUUUGAUACCAACUAUGCCACAGAUGAUGACAUUGUGUUUGAGGACUUUGCUCGACUUCGGCUGAAGGGGAUAAAGGAUGAAGACUACGAUGACCAGUUCUGCUAGGAAGGGGGGCUAGAAGAAGGGAGUGGAUGGUGCUGGGAGAGGUAGGGGCAGGACCAAGAUCCCCGCUGCCAUUGGGGAUAGGUCCAAGCCUUUUUCCCUUCCCCUCCAUCCAGCAGCUUCCUCAACCAACCCCUUCUUUCCCUCCCUCUCCUAUUCCCACCAGAUACGCACUGGACCCAUCUCUUGUUGAACGUGGGCAUUAAUUUUUUGAUUACGGCUGUGCUUCCCCAACCCCCUAAUGGGUGGCAAGCUGUGUUCAUACCUAAAUUUUUUGGAGGGGGGGAAACUGAAAAGAGGAGUGAUAGUAGGAAAAGGGGGUAGGAAAAACUCCCACAUUCAACCUUAUACCAACACCCCCUCCUGUCACUAUCUCUACCUCCCAUUCCUUCAAGAUGAGACCCUUUGGGGUACAAGGCCACUUCUUUGUCUCUGAGCAUAAAGAAUAAACCUUUUAAUAGGCA